CAUGCUUUGCCGCAAUAGAGGAGAUCACGGUGUAGGUUAGCAUGUGUGUGUAUUCCUAUUAGGCAUUUUCAUUAAUAAAAUAUUAUAUUUAGAUAAUGGUACAUAUUUAAACGUUACAUGCUACUUGUGUUUCCCUUUGAUCCUAUACAUUUCUGUUUUGUUUUAUAAAAUGAGUAAAGCUAAUAAGAAACGAGAAGGUUGCACAUUGACUCUUGCACUAACUGUGUGCUCUGCAGCCAUUGGUGGCACUUUUCAGUAUGGAUACAAUAUUUCAAUCAUCAAUGCACCCACAUCUCACGUGCAGAAGUUCAUUAAUGAGACAUGUAUGAAGAGAUGGGGUACAGCUCUUGAGUCCAGUCAGGUGACACUGAUAUGGACCAUUAUAGUCUCUACUUUCUCACUUGGAGGACUAUUGGGAUCCCUGCUUGCUGGCCCAAUGGCCAUUCAGUUUGGGCGGAAGGGAUCUCUGCUACUGAACAACUGCUUUCUUUUUUUUAGCACUAUUCUGGCUUUGAGCAGUCGCUCAGCUGGAUCCUUUGAAAUGCUCAUCCUUGCUCGUCUACUUGUGGGAGUCAAUGCUGGAGUUAGUAUGAACAUCCAGCCUAUGUACUUUGGAGAGAGCGCACCGAAGAACCUAAGAGGUGCUGUGGCCUUUUCCUCCGCUGUUUUUACCGCUCUAGGAAUCUUGUUGGGCCAGAUCACUGGUCUGACAGAAGUCCUGGGGAGCGAGUCUCUCUGGCCAUAUCUGCUGGCAAGCAAUGCUCUCCCUGGUGUAGUGCAGAUGCUCACCUUGCCCUGGUUUCCAGAGAGCCCACGAUACCUGCUCAUUGACAAAGGAGACAGAGAGGCAUGUGGCAGAGCCUUGAAACGGCUUCGAGCAUGCAGCGUUUUUAAUGCAGAGAUGGAAGAGAUUCUUCAGGAGCGGGUAGGAACCGGUGACGCUCGUGCCAAAACUCUGUGGGAACUCUUCACUGACCAAAGUCUUCGUAGGCAGCUCUGCACUGUUAUGGCAGCCAGUAGUGCUAUGAUGCUGAGUGGUAAUGAUUCCAUCUACUUCUACGCCUCUUAUAUCUUUCAGGAAGCUGGAAUUCCUGUGGAGAAGAUACAGUAUGUCACAAUUGGCACAGGAGCCUGUGAGUUCACCUCUGCCUUAGUGUGUAAUCUACUGAUAGAGCGUGUUGGCCGCAGGUUGCUUCUUGCAGGCGGGUAUAUGCUCAUGGCUUGCUGGGCGCUGGUGUUCACUGUGGCUCUCUCAUUGCAGGGCAAAGUGGAGGGCAUGCCCUAUCUGAGUAUGGUGUGUGUGUUCGCCUACAUCUUGAGUUUUGGCAUGGGUCCCGCAGGUGUCACAGGGAUUCUUCCUGCUGAACUGUUUGACCAAAUGGCAAGGCCUGCAGCUUACAUGAUUGCUGGCUCCAUGAUGUGGAUUAAUCUGUUCCUUAUAGGAAUGGCAUUCCCAUUCAUAGUUAACAGCCUGGGACAGUUCUGCUUCAUCCCUUUCGGUGCCAUUUGUGUGACUGCAUGUCUUUUCAUUGGUUUUACUUUACCUGAAACUAAAGGGAGGACUCUAGCAGAGAUCACUGAGGAGUUUGACAAGCUAAAUAGGAAAGGCACGACUAAUGGACUGUUUAAUGACGGACAGCAUGAGCAGACACAAAGCCUGACUGAUCAAACACUAGAAUACCUGGAGAUCGAAAAGAUUUGAUUAGAGGGUUGCUAAAUAAAACACUGAACUUGAACUACAAGUUUGAAUCAAAGUCAUCAGUGUGGCACAGCUUUGUUGUACAUGUCAUCCAGUUGUGCCAUAAGUUCAAAGUUUAAUUUGUCACAGACUCAAUGGUACACUUCCGCGCAAAGGCAGUGAAAGGUCUUCAAAUUCUUCAAUACCUAAUUUUUACGUUUGAAAUACUGUAAUUUUAGUGCUUGAAAACAAAAUCUGUGUUAAGGGGAUGUAUACACAUAAGUGUUGAGGGUCUACUCAGUGAUAAAUAUUGCACUUUAAUCAAACAAUCUUUACUGAGCCAAAAAGGUAAUACACUGUUAUAUUUUAUAGGCUUAAAUGGCCUUAUAUUUUAUAACUUUUUAAGCUGAAUUUCAUAAUUUAACCUUUAUUUUUUAUUCUAAGGAAAUUUUUGUGACUGUUUCCCUCCCUACUCUUUUUCCCAUUUGACUGCUGAAAUGCUACUAGAUAAUAUAUGAUAUGUAAUGUAAAAAAAAAAUAAAAAAAAAGACUGAUGCAUUUUGGAAAAAUAUGUGAAACUGCCAUCUGGAUCAUUAUCAGGGAUGCAUGUUCUAUUUAAAUACAUUGAAUCUUAAUGCCUGCAAAAGAUCGAAAAGAUUUCAAAAAGAAAGAAAUGCAAUUUGCACUAAUGUAUUUUACCUCAGUAGUCAUAUAUAUUAUGAUGUUAUUCAUUAUUUAUUCAUAUAAAACUGUUUUUAGUAACCUAUUUCAAAAUCAACAUCCAAACAGCAAUGCAUCAUAUUAAACUAGUGUCUUUUAAGCAUUUGUCAGAGAUCAAAACAAUUAUUGCCUGAAUGAGAGCAUGUAACUUAUUUACAUUUUGCACCUGCAGAUGGCACUAUAUUACCAUAAUUAUAGUCUGUUCUCUGUCUAUCUAAUUGUUCAUCAAAACAAGGUUACCCACAGCAUGCUACUGCAUUCAGGUGACAUACAGCCACAGUUGUGAUAGGAAGGCAAUCAGCAUAAACACUGGCCAAGUGAGCUUGUGUUGUGACUUUCCUUCAAUUAGAGUUUCAUAGAGUGGCUGUAUGCAGUAUGAUCUCCAAAGUUAUAACCUAAUUUCAAAUCCAAUGUACUCUCUGUGUCCAAAACAUUGACUGAAUAAUGAACCAAAUAUUAUUAAAAUGUAUGAUGAUAGGGGCCUGGGUAGCUCAGCGAGUAUUGACGCUGACUACCACCCCUGGAGUCACGAGUUUGAAUCCAGGGUGUGCUGAGUGACUCCAGCCAGGUCUCCUAAGCAACCAAAUUGGCCCAGUUGCUAGGGAGGGUAGAGUCACAUGGGGUAACCUCCCAUGGUCACGAUGAGUGGUUCUUACUCUCAAUGGGGCGCAUGGUGAAUUGUGCAUGGAUCGCAGAGAGUAGCAUGAGCCUCCCAUGCUGUGAGUCUCCACAGUGUCAUGCACAACAAGCCACGUGAUAAAAUGCACAGAUUGACUGCCUCAGAAGCGGAGGCAACUGAGACAUGUCCUCCACCACCUGGCUUGAGGUGAGUAACCGCGCCACCACAAGGACCUACAAAAUAGUGGGAAUUGGGCAUUCCAAAUUGGGAGAAAAAGGGAUAAAAAAAAAUAAAUGAAAAAUAAAUAAAUAAAAAUUUGUAUGAUGAUGAACUGUUUUUCCUUAAAUGUCUAAUUCAAUCUGUAAAACUUACUGGUGGUGCUGUUUCUGUGAAUGAAUAUUCUAAUGUUAUAGCUAUUAAA